AUGCGUGACCACAGCGACGGUUCCGACGUCUCAGACAACUCACCCACGACCUCGAAACCAGCCUUCAACCACAUCGAGCAAAUCCACACCAACGAGCAAGUCCCCGGCCAUACCAAUUACUACGAGAAAGAUGGCCUCCGAACAGCCGGCGACGGCGUCGAUCAUGAGGCCGACGUCCCCAUGAACUUCACUCGAAUCAUGGCACUAAUUGCCAUGGCAUUUCUCUGGACAGGCAGCCAGAUCCCUGUCUAUCUCUUCGGCGGUGUUCCUCCUUACAUUUACGCCGACCUUGGUGGUGCCGAUAGAUGGAUCUGGUUUGUUCUUGCCAAUCUUCUCUCUCUCGCUGCAAUCUGUCCGUUCGUUGGAUCCAUCUCAGAUAUCGUCGGCCGAAGAUGGGUCGCCAUGAUCGGUGCUUCCUUCCUCAUCCUAGGCAUGAUCAUUUGUUCGACAGCGCAUACCAUGAACACCUUCAUCGCCGGCAUGGUGUUCUCUGGUGUUGGUGCAGGCAUCAACGAACUAACAGCUCUAGCUGUCACAUCAGAGCUUGCGCCUACGAGUCAGCGAGGCAAGUAUGUCGCCAUACUUGUCUUCACUAUCAUCCCGUUCUGUCCGUCAGUAUUGUGGGCUCAGCUCAUCGCUUCGACAUCGACGGGUGCAUGGCGCUGGAUUGGCCUGUGGUGUGGAGUAUGGGCUUUCAUCGGUCUCGUCUUGACGGCAGUUUUCUACCACCCACCUCCACGGGUUAACAGCGUAGGUAUGAGCCGCAAGGAGACUCUUGCACAAAUCGACUACGUCGGCGGUUUUCUCUCUGUCGCUGGCAUGAUCCUGUUCAUGAUGGGAAUGCAGUGGGGUGGUUACCAGUACAAGUGGUCCAGCGCGCACGUCCUCGCACCGCUGAUCUUAGGUGCCGCCUUCAUUAUUGCCUUUGUCUUUUGGGAAGCAUACGGCGCGAAACAUCCCAUGUUCCCAAAGAGACUUCGCCAGGAGCCUCGCAUUCUAGGCUUAACACUCGUCAUCACGUUUAUUUCUGGAGCCAACUUCUUCUCAAUUCUCAUGUUUUGGCCAACCCAGGCCUUCAAUGUGUAUGGGCAUGACCCUGUCGGUGUUGGCCUCCGAGGUCUCCCAGUUGGCUUUUCGAUCCUGGCUGGUGCUUGUAUUGUAUUGUGGUUGCUUUCCAUGCUUCGUGGUCACAACAAAGAGCUCCUGAUUGCUUCGUCCAUUUUGAUGACUGCAGGCUGCGGUGCGCUUGCAGUUGGGCGUGUCGACAACUUGGCUACGCUAUGGGGAUUGUUGGUCCUGGCUGGUCUUGGAAUUGGUGGCAUUGUCGUACCAGCAUCCAUCAUCUCUACUAUCAUUUGCCCAGACGACCUCAUCGCAACCGUCGCAGCUCUCACUCUCGCCAUUCGUGUUAUUGGUGGUUCGAUUGGAUACUGUGUUUAUUAUAACGUCUUCAUCUCCAAAUUUGUCCCAGCCGCGACUCACUACAUUGGUGGAGUGAUGGUGACACAACUCAACAUUACAUCUCCAGAGAUCAUCGGAGAGGCAAUCACUAUCACUGGGGCCUCGCUGCUUCCAGCUCUUCAGGAGCUUCCGGGCAUCAAGGGUGUGCCAGGUGCGUACGAGAUGGUUGUUUAUGCGGGUCAGCUCGCGUACGCAGAGGCGUACAAGUACGUGUACUAUGUGAGCAUCGCAUUUGGAGGUGUCAGUAUCAUCGCGGCGUGCUUCUUGGGCGAUAUUUCCAAGUACAUGGACGACCAUGUCGCCGUGUCAGUAGUGCAAACCAAAAGCUGCUUACCCUCAACUAUGUUGCGUGCACCUUCACACGAGCCAAACGACGUCGAAUGGAAUGCAGCAAAUCAUGAACAAACACCCGAUGCUCAAGUUCAAGCCCCCCUGGAACUAGAGACAUCGAACAACAAACGAAAGCGGCAAAGCCAAUGUUUCUGCGCGCCGCAAAUGUUCGGCGGCGGCAUAUACCUUCCCGAUCCAUCGACGUACGACCCCAUUGAGAUACUGCUCAACACUUAUGACCGAAGUGAGAGGGAUGAGCUUGUCAAGAUAUGGCGAGACAACAAACUGAGCGAAUUGAACUUUGUUGGCAUCGUGUCCGCUCUCCUUGCCGGUGUUCUCACGUCAACAGGCAGCUGGCCUAAUAUCCUGACGACUGGCAAGCCUUCUCCUUGGUACGUCCGCACAGCAUGGUACUGUGGUAUUGUCAUCUCUCUGCUUUCUAUCAUCAGUGCCGCAGACCAAACAGUACGUCUACACCGGCUAUCAUCUCACCGCGACGGACUGGCCAAUAUCCAUAAGCUCCUCGGCAAGGGUAGUAGGAGGAAAAAGACAGGGCGCCGUGCACCUAGCUACUUCCAAAUCAUGACCUGGCAGAUGCCAGUCAUGUUUCUCAUCACCGGGACGAUUUGCAUGGUCAUGGGUAUGUUCUUGCUGGUGUGGAGUGCAACGUCGCACUUGGGAGACCCUACGAAAUGGGAUGACCAAAACAAGGUUGCUAUUGUGUUCACGGUCAUUGCGAGUCUUGCGAUCGUCAUGUUUUUUGCUGGGCAGAUUUCUCUAUAUUCUCCGAUCAGGGAGUAG